AUGACAGAAAAUAGAGAGGAGAAGAAGUUUGUGAUCAAGUAUGUUUUUGGAAACGUUCCAUUGUAUGAUAAAGAAGUAGUUUAUGGAAACGAAGAAAAACACUUCGGAAUCUUCUGGAAGCUUCGUCAUUCCUGGGAGGAUUCAGAUUAUGAGACGUCUGACUAUUAUCAAUUAGAAUUUCGAAAAGCAGAAGACGUUGUCGGAAGCGAAUGGUCGAUGGAAAUCGAAGUGGACUCAAUGCUCAAUGUAAACCUGGAAGCAGAAUUCCACGUGACAAUCAAGAAAAUGACAGGAUUCGAAAUUCCGAAGCAACUUCCGAAGCUGAGAAUUUUUGAUGAUGACGUGGCGAAGAAGUUCUCAGAUGUCUGUUUGUUGGCUGGAAAUCAAAAAUUCUAUGUCUCAAAAUUAUUCGUGGCUUCUCAUUCCGUAUAUUUCGAAUCUCUAUUUCUCGGAAAUUUCUCGGAAUUUCAAAAAUCUGAAAUUGAAUUAAAGGAUGUCGAUCCGAAUGAUUUUCAGAACUUUCUAGAGCUUAUCAACGGAGAGACAUUUGUGAAUGAUGACACUGUUGAAGGACUCCUCCAUUUGGCCGAUUUUUUCGAUUCGAAAGCUGUUUUCAGAAGAUGUGAAGCGUUUAUGAUGAAUAAAUCCGAAAAAUCACUCAAGUCGAAAUUCGAAUUGGCUAUUAAAUAUCGAUUGGAGCCAUUGAAGAAAAAGUGCAUUUCUGGCAUGAAAAACAAGGAAGAUGUGAAAUCAGUUCUACCGGAAGACCCAUUUCAAAUCAAUCAAGAUGUCUGGGCGGAAUUGUUCAACAAGGCCUUCUCUUUUAAUUGA